AUGACGGAGAAAGGGGAGAAGAACAGUGAGAAGCGGAAGAAGCGAAAAGAAUCGUUCAUCUACGGCAACUACAGAUGCUAUUACAGCUACCGGGUACUUCUUCUCGGACAACUGGAUACUCUUCUUUUGUCUAAUAGUAACCCCAUUUUUUUUUUCUCCAUUUGAAGUAUGCUUCUGUGAUAAUCGACAGCUUUUUGAUGAUGCAGGGGGCGUGUGUUCUCGUUUCUUCUUUAUUUUCCUAUUCCUUUGUUUUCUCUCUUUCCGUCACAAUUUUUCGGAAUGUUUCGACGUUGAAAGGAUUUCUGCUUUAGUUUCGGCAACUGAAAUACCCUUCGUGAACUGAUCGGUUAUGGGAUAUGUUGGGCUUUGUAGGGCGCCCUUUACAAAAAUUAACAAGAUUCUUGUCUCUGAUGGAAAAUAUCGUUGAGGUUACUGUAGUCAAUAAAAUGAUCUGAAUUAGCUAUAUUCUUGCUUUAUUUUACAGGAAAACUCUGAUAGAGAGGUUUUGGUGGUCAUGCGACUGUUGAGUUACCGUCAAUUUGAUUUCUGAGAAGUGAUGUACGUUCACAUGUGACACUAGAAGGAUGCUUUUUCUUUGAUCGUGCAUGGUAGUUUUAGGUUAGGGCAUGUAUGUGGCCGAAAUUUCCUCUCAAGGACGAGUUUUGUAAGUUAUGCCAUGACAUUCUGCCAUGUUCACAUGAAAGGAUAGUCAGUUAAUGAGUCCUGUAGUCCUUAUUUCUGGUCUAUUGAGUUAGGUGUAUGCUCUGGACAGAUUCUCAUAGAAAGUAAGUUUUGUGAGGUCUAUGGUACAUGAAUGAAUGUUGAUGUUAAUAUUUUAUGGUGGCUCUGGGAUCCAAUAAUUGUUCUUAUUAUCGCAUCUCUUUCAUCAUUGCGUAUUCAACGUUUCUGAAAGUUGAGAACAUGCAAUAGACUAGAAGAAGUCACCGAAAAGGUAGAUACUUCUGUCAGAUAUUUAUCAGGCUACAUGUUUAUUUUUGAUUUAUGCUUGCUGAAUUACAGAUAGAUCGUAAGUUGUCAGAAGAUCCUCGUCUGACAUUGAUGAAAAAGGAAUGGUUUGAAGGCAAGGAUUGCUUGGAUAUUGGCUGCAAUCAAGGGUUAAUUACUAUCAAUAUAGGUAAAUUGCCUGUGCACCAUAAUAUACACGUUUGAAUGGUUUAGGGUUGGCUAUUUUUUGCGUGAAUCUACUUAUUUUUUCUGAUAACAAGAGAAACCAUGAGGACAAGAGAUCUUAUGAAGUUUAUUCAUGGUAUUUUUAUGGCGGCCUUUUUUUGAUUAGCUUACUGAGGAGCUAUUACCUUUGAGACGUUUGACAUCAGCAUUGUAUCAAUUAUUGAUUCUUUGUUUCCCUAUGAUUUUUGCCAUUUGCAUUAUUCAUCGUGCCAUAAUAUACUAUUUCUCCCAAGGCAAUGCUAAUAUAUUCUUUAAAACUUCAUUUGACGUGCAGCAAAUAAAUUUUGUUGUCGUAAAAUACUUGGGAUAGACAUCGAUCCAGGUAUGUUUCUGAAAUAUCCUUAAUUCUCGUUAUGAUACUGUUGUUAUCUGAAUUUUUCGUGUUAGCUUCUUUAAAUUUUUAUUUGCUAAUUUACGUCUAUGUUGGUUCAUUUUAUUUUGUUUGCAAAAUUCCAUUUUAUUUGACUGUCAUUAUGUUGGUUCUAUCAGACUUCUUCCAUGUUUUAUGGUUAUGUGGUUAUGUCGUGCAUAUUUGAUUCACUGCAUGCAAAUUUAGAUGUAAAUGUAUGGUUGUCAGACAAAUACAUGAGUAUAUGUGCUAUCAAUAUAAAGGUCUACAUAUAUAUGGUACAUAUGACAUAAUGGAACGGAAUGGACGGGAGUAUUCCUCUUUUUCACAAUUUGAUACAUGGGAUAGGAUCCUUAUAAGCCCUUUUUGCAUUUAUCAGAGUUUUACAUAUAUUGGGUUCAGGGUUCAUUCGCUGCUUCCUUCCUAUGGCUAUUUUUCUUCUGCCUAGUUCAGAAGAUGAUUGGCCCCUUGAUAUUGAACAGUAGAAUUUUCUAUGGUCUGGUUCCUUUGCGCUUUUAUGAUAGAACGAGUUUUUUGUCUUCACCUUUUUAAUAUCAUUCCUGAGAUUUUGGCUGUCGUGGAUUUUCUCCUCUCUACAACGUAGUCUUCUAAACGGUUCUGUACGAUUUAAUCUGGACCUGUGGUGUGGUAAUGUUCGCUAUGACUUCAAUUUCUGCCAAGUGACAGGAGGGCCCAUAAGUGACUAUUCUCCAUCUAUUUUCCAUAUCUCCCAGCAUGUUACUCAUUUCCUGAGCCCUAUUCUUAGGCUUCAUACUAAUUCCUAGACAUUGACAUUUAUAUAUCUCUUAACUUUGGCAGUGCCGCGUCUCUUCAUUGGGCUGUGCAGUAGAAAGGCCCACAACUGGGGAGUUUUAUCAGAGGGGAGCAAAAAUACGAAUCCACUUCAAUUAUUUAUGUUUAGGUCCACAGUAUUUGUUCAGCAACACGGGGUUAGUGAAACGUUUUUUCCACACUUAUAGAUUAUAGUCACGGUUCAUUGAAAGUUUUCCACAAAAUUUAAUAGUUGUGACCUCAUAUGUACUUGCUGAUCAUCCCUUGUAGAUGUGAAAGAGUCCAACUUUGACAUUAAUCAGCGGUGAGUGUGGGCCCAUAUAUUUUAGCCGCACCUUUAAUUGUCUCACACAUUGUGGGACUACUCUGAUGCAUUCUUUCACAUUGAGAUUGACUUUUCUUGGACCUCUCACGUGGACCACAGUGAUCUGUUGCACUGUCCAAGAAUAUAACCAGAGUUAAUUCUUGAAACAUCCAACUCAAAAUCCAUCGGCUGUGAGUGAAUGUAACUAUACACGCAAUGGGAAACUGUUCUAACAUUGCUCAUUAAUUCGACUUGAAAGCUGCUGUAUAGUUUAUAUCAUACAUAACUUUUUUUUGUUAAAAUUAUAUUCCACUGGGGUGAAUGAUUUGAUGCCAGUAAUCUGAUUAGGUUACUAAGUUGUCUUUGGCAAUGUAGAAAUCCAAACUGAAGUCAGUUAAAUAUUAAUAAAUAGCAUGGUCUUUUUUCUGGAUAUUUAGCUUUAUUGGUACGCUUCUUACUUGCCCAGGUCUAAUUGAAGCUGCCCGAUGGAACCUUCGAAGAAUAGCAAGAGCAAAAAGUCCCGGUGGCAGGUUGAUGGAGACUUCCAAACCACUGAUCUCGAAUGGUGAUCGUGCUUUGGACCAUCAUAUCUCUCAAUCUACUGGUGAAGACGAGGUCAGGUCAUCACAGGAGGCUCUUCAUCCCAUAGAGGGGACACUACUUGAACGAGUUUCUUUCCGAGCAGAAAACAUUAUAGAGACAACGCAAGCAUCCAGAGAGAUGUACGACACUAUACUGUGGUAGGUGGUAUUUACUCUCUAGAUUACCUCAUGUAGCAUUCUCCUAUUGUUAUCUAUGAUGCCUUUUAUUAUUAUGUUUUUUUCAUAAAUUUCCUAGUAAUCUUAGUAGAGAUGAAAUAAACCCAAAAAUGGCAACUUAAUAUGAACUGCAGUUAUUAUUGUAGCGGCAUUCUUCUAUUGUUAUUUAUGAUUCUUCCCUUGCAGCUUGAGUGUGACAAAAUGGAUUCAUCUCAAUUGGGGUGACGAGGGAUUGAUUUCAUUGUUUGUGAAGAUUUGGAGACUUCUGCGUCCGGUAUAAUUCCUCCAUCAGAUUUUUGGCCCCAAGAAAAGCUGUAAAAAGUUGUUUAUCAACAGCACUUGUUAUAUUGUCGGCUUUGAACUGUCAAUCUUCCUGUCUCAUCAGGGUGGGAUUCUUUUGUUGGAGCCUCAGCCAUGGAGUUCGUACAAGAGCAAUAAGCGAGUAUCUGAGGUAUAUAGCUGGCCACCUAUGCGUUCAGAGAGAUGUCCAAAUCUCCUCAUUGUUCUUCUUCUUCCCAUUUAUUCUCGCCAAAUUUUUCAGGUUGCAACGCUGAACUACAGCAGGAUUGCGUUCACUCCAGACGUCUUCCAGGAGAUACUCCUCGACAAGGUGCGGUCUUCUUCAGAGUGCAUAGAAUGUUUCAUGGGUGAAGCGAUUGAUGGGUUUAUUGAUUUUGCUUGCAGAUUGGGUUUCGAUCAAUGGAGGACAUCUCCGGCUCUCUUGCCGGCACUGUUACUGGAUUCAACAGGCCGAUCUUUGUCCUCCGCAAGUAA